GGAUGUUACCUGUAUUGAUGAGUGUACGACUAGUGUUAGUAAUAGUCGAGUACCAUUGUUAGUUGUACUAGAUGUUUUUUAACUGCUUUAUAAGUAAAUGUUAGUAAAUUAACUAUUGUUGUUAUAGUUUAUUUAAAAAUUAAACCUAACUUGUGCGUAAAAAGUGCAUUGGAUGGGGAAAUCUUGCGAUAAAAUUUGUGCAUUUACAACAACUGUCCAUGUGUCUACCAAAUAAGUCAAAAGUUUUUUGGCUCUUUCUGAGGUUAUACAAAUGUACCAGUCUUGCCUGAAUUUUGUAGACGCACUUCUUGGUAAAGAUCAGAAAAAUAGUACAAGAAAUGAUGACAGUCAUGUGACAGAAAGAGUUUAUCAUGAGCGUCAAGUGAAAGAGUUAUGUGCCCUGCAUGCCCUAAAUAACUUGUUCCAAGAUGGUAGUGCCUUUUCUAAGCAAAUGUUAGAUAAUAUUUGUCAUAGCCUUUCUCCAGAUAAUGUUGUCAAUCCCCAUAAGAGCAUGUUAGGCCUUGGAAAUUAUGAUGUAAAUGUAUUGAUGGCUGCUUUACAAAAGAAAGGAUAUGAAGCAGUGUGGUUUGACAAGCGGAAAGAUCCAGCAUGCAUAGACUUGUCAAAAAUUUUUGGAUUUAUUCUGAACAUUCCCAGUGAGAUGAAGUUCGGGUUUUUACAGCUACCUCUCAAUCGUAAGCACUGGAUAGCUGUUCGAGAAGUAGAAGGCAAUUUUUACAAUCUUGACUCAAAAUUGGACAGACCAUCCUGUUUAGGAAAGGAACAAGAGCUCCUAAGUUACCUACAGGAACAAAUCCGAUCUAAAAACCGUGAAAUUUUUGUAGUUAUGUCUCAAGAGGUUGAACAGAGUGGUAUUUGGAGAAUGGACAGAAGAAAAAAUGUUAGCCAGUUACCAGUGCUGCAUCAUGGAAAUGAUAUCCAGCAAGAAAGAACAUAAAAUUCACUGCUGCUUUUAACAAUUGUUGAAGUGAUUAUGGUGCAAUUAUUAAUUUCUUCUAUAAUGGGGAUUUAAUCCCCAAGAUUCUGUGGUGUGCUCUCAGAAGACAGUCAAGUAGUCUUGUGAACUGCUUUUUAGUAGAUGGUUUAACUUCUUCUAAGCAGUCAAAGGUAAGGCCAUCCAAAUGAAAAUAUAUUUCUGUUUAAAAGGUGUAGUGCACCUGGUGGAUAUGCAAAUCACAAUAUUUUGUAUGUUACUUCUUUUAAAUAAAGUUAUAUAUUGUAAAUUAAAAAAUAUGUUUUAAGUGUGCUGAGGUAUAUAAAAGUGUUAAAAGUUUGGCAGUUAACUUUAAAUAGUCAUUGUUGGAAGACCCUUUAAAAGAAAAUAUUGUACAAAGGUUAUGAUUUUAUAAGAUAGUACAUGAGAGUUAAAUAUAUAUGUAAUAUUAAUGAAUCAGAAUAUACAUUUAUAUUGAUACAGUAACAAGGGACUUUACUGUGAUUUUGGGGAAAAUGUAGCUUUCAUACAUUUGUACAUAAACUAGAAGUUUAAAAUAAUCAAUAUUUGUUAAUGUGUGUGUGUGUACUUUAUAUAGAAGUUACUAUGGUGUUUCAAUAAAAGACAAGAGUCAUAAUUUAUGUGUAUUUGUUUUAACUUACUGUUUUAUUAUUAUCAACUUUUGUAGAGUAAGCUUCAAUAAACUGUUCUUGAAAAAAAAUAUAAGUAGAUUAUGUAGCAGAGAGAAUAAAUUAGCAGUGAAUUGACUUACUUGUAACCUUCUUUCAUAACCAGUAGACAUAAAAUCAGAAUAUUUUCAACUUGUAAAUUUUUUUGGCUAUCAAAUUUCAAGUAUCCAUUAAGUUUCAAAUAACUUUGAAAAGGAUUUUAUGACACUGUAAUACUUAUUAUGUAACUACAUACACAGUCAAAUAUUUAGAACAUUACAUAGAACCAUAAUCCUACUGUUUGUUAAACAUGUUUUGUAUAGAAAGCAAUGUGUGAAGAGAAUAUGCUGAAGUUCAAAGUUAUUCAAAAAUGUUGUUUUUCUCUCAGAACUGACAAAUAUUCUUGUCAUACUUAAAAGCUUCACACCAUUUUUGUGGUACAGAUAAUGCACUUGAGUACAUUCUGUAGGUGUUAGAUUGCUGAUUAUGACUAUAUUCUUGUACUAAUACUUAGCCUGUGCAUGCUAAGAGUAAAUUUUUGGCUGGAGCUAUAUUUAUCUUACAUUCUCAUGUUAAUAUUUUAAAAUAAAUACGUUCUUCAUGUACUUAACUGAGCUUGAGUGCAUUGUUAUUUAGUUCGUAAUAAGAAAUAAGUGAAAGUGAGAAGCAUGUAUAAAAAUAUAUCAACCACACCGUAUUGUCUAUAUUCAGUGCUGAUUUUGUUACUGACACUGAUCUUAAGGAUGUUUUUCUUGCUGACAGAUGUAGUGAUUUAUUGUAGGGUGAAAUGAAAGAGAAGAUAUAGUGUUGUGGUCAAAAUAAAAUGUUUUAUUAUAGUGUAGACAUGUUGACUAAUUGUUGUAGCAAGAGGACUAUAUCAAAUAACAAUGUGAAUAAGUAAAAGUGAUGAAUUUGUAUUUAUUUUACUACGGAUUGAAUGCUUUAGCUGGGAAUGAAAUGGAGUAAUUACACAGCACAUUGAAAUGAGAAUUGGAUUUCAGCACAUCUUAGUGUUCUCACCCAUGAAAUGAACUGUCUUCCUAAAAACUGAGAACAAAUCUCUUGUUAAACUGCCAACACUAUUCACAAUAUAUUUUCUCUCUCUGUAGCUGAGCAAUCAUAAAAAGGGAACCUGAAUGUGACAUUUCUUUAAUGGCUACUCGACAGAUAAAUUCACCAAAUAAAGAAAAGGCCCAAAUCUGAGCAAGAACUAACUUAACUCAGGAUUAUAUUCAACUCUGAAGCUCUUCCUGCACUACUCAGAACAUCAUGUCAUCCUCAUCAUCAAACACAAUGCAUUCACAGAAAAAAAAGAGAGAUACCAAGGUUUUUACUUCUCUAUUUGCAUAUGUUAGACAACCUGCCAAGAGCUCUGCUCAAGUUAUCCAGCAAGCUGGCCAGGUGUGAAGGACAAGUCUUGGGUUUGGUGUGUAAACGUGGGAAAAAAGGACCUAUGGGCAAAAGUAGCAUUGUUCAAAAUAGGGCACAUUCUGUUUGUCUACAUCUUGUAACUAAGUGCAAAAACAUGUACUUAAUUUU